UUUUUUUUUUGGGACUAACGUAAUGUAUCCUACAACAACACCCAAGCCUAAACCUUCUAAGAAAUACGUAUUACUCGGUGUACCUAAACUUCCUUCAGGUUGGAAAGAGUAUCGUACAGUCACUGGUCAACCUUAUUGGUACAAUACAGUUACUCAUACCAGUUCUUGGGUAUUUCCAACACAAGAACAUCUCCCACCUAAGAAGCAUAAACAGAUAAAAAAGAAAAUUCCCAAUACGCAUUGGUUAUUUGUCUUGACACACGAUGGAUAUGAAUUUUAUUAUGACCGAGAAACAAAGACGUCUGUUUGGGAAAUGCCCCUCGAGUUAGAGGAGCCUAUGGAACAAUUGAAAAAGAUGGAACAGGAUAAAAAGAGAGAAUUGGAAGAACAAGAGCAACAAGAGCAAGAAGCCAAACGCGUUAAAUUGGAACAAGAACGCGUUCAAUUAGAAGAAGAGCAACUAGAAGAAGCAGAGCGUGCUCGGUUAGAACAAGAACAAGAACAAUCAGAAGAAAUGACAGAAGAAGAUGUCAUGUGGCAAUUACAAGAAAUGGCUGAAGCAGAAGUACAAAAGGAUGCAUUGACAGAAGAAGAAUAUACAGCUCAAUUUUAUGACCUCUUACAAGAGAGAAACAUUUCUCCUUUUGCUGUCUAUUCAGCUGAAUACCCUAAACUCAUGACAGAUCCAAGAUUUUCAGUGGUACCACAAAAUAAGCAUAAAGUAUUAUUUGACAAGUAUUGUCAUGCAUUAGGUGAGAAAUUAAAAGAUGUUAACAAGACAAAAAAGAAACCAGAAGAUCAGUUUAAAGAACUACUUGAAUCUAAAGUAACUGAGAAGAUGUACUGGGAUGAUUUCCGCCGUAAAUACAAAGAUGAUCCUAGAUUUAAAGCCAUGACAGUCACUCGGGAGAAAGAAGCGUUAUUUAAAGAUCAUGUGAAACAUCAUCUGGGAAAGAACAAGAAGAAGGAGCCAAGGGAUGAAUACAUGGAUCUCUUACGUGACACAAAAGAAAUCAGAGCGGGGAUGCGUUGGAGAGAUGCCAAAAAGAUACUUGAGAAAGACAGUCGUUUUUACGUGAUAGAGUCCAAGACUGAAAGAGAAGAUUUGUUUCGUGAUUACUUAGAAUCCCAAUAAAACUUAAGAAUAAUGAUACACCUGAGGGGGUUCUGUUGUGAACCUUACAGAUUGAGACAGACUCUUGUGUGGUGUGAUAUCUUGACUAUCUAUCUUUUGAGCAGGAGGACAACUGAAUCGUAAUAGUUUUGAUUUUAUCAGCAUUUCUUCUUCUUUGUGUUCUUCUUUUUCUCUUUCUUUCAUAAUAGCUUGUAUUAAAGCAAAACUAUCACUUCGACGAUGACGUCUACAAUCUAAAGGUGAAGGUGGUGGUGAAGGAAGAGAAGACAUAGUGGAAUAUAAAAGAAAAAGAGAAAAAAAAAAAGAAAAAAAA